UUAGUCUGUUACACAACUGACUGUUGUGCUGUUUGAGGGGGCUGCGUUCUCCCUUCGGCCUCAAGACUUUCCUACUCCCCGGGCUUCUCGCUAGGCUUCCCCCUCCUUACACACUGCUUUAUAGGCAUGAGUGGGGAUCAGCUGCACAACUCUUCCCAGAUCGAUCCAGAUUUCCGAGCGAACGAUUCUCACAAACAUAAAGAUAAACACAAAGACCGAGAACACCGACAUAAAGAGCACAAGAAGGACAAAGAGAAAGACAGAGAAAAAUCCAAGCACAGUAACAGUGAGCACAAAGAUUCCUCGGAGAAGAAACACAAAGAGAAGGAGAAAACCAAACACAAAGAUGGCAGUUCAGAAAAACACGACAAACACAAAGACAAACACAAAGAUAGAGACAAGGAGAAACGAAAGGAAGAAAAGAGUAAAUUGUCUUCUGGUGAAGUGAAAAUAAAGAAGGAAAAGGAAAAUGGCUUCUCCAGUCCACCACGUAUUAAGGAAGAAAUGGAUGAUGAUGGCUACUACAAAGAAGACUACAAGCCCCUAAAGAGACCCCGAGAGGAUGAUGAUGUUGACUACAAACCUAAGAAGAUCAAAACUGAAGAUAUCAAAAAAUCAAAGAAGCGGAAACAGGAAGAGGAAGAGGACAUCAAGCCCAAAAAAAUAAAGAGCAAAGAUAAGAAACCUUCUGUUGGAGACAUGAAGAAGAAGAAAACAAAAAAAGAGGAGGAGCAGAAAUGGAAAUGGUGGGAAGAAGAACGCCUUCCUGAAGGUAUUAAGUGGAAGUUCUUGGAACACAAAGGUCCUGUGUUUGCACCUCCAUAUGAGCCUUUGCCUGAAAACGUCAAAUUCUACUAUGAUGGUAAAGUCAUGAAGCUCAGUCCCAAAGCUGAAGAAGUUGCUACAUUCUUUGCAAAAAUGCUUGAUCAUGAAUACACUACUAAGGACAUCUUCAGGAAAAACUUCUUUAAAGACUGGAGAAAGGAAAUGACCUCUGAAGAAAAGAGUACCAUCACCAGCCUCAGCAAAUGUGACUUCAACCAUAUGAGUCAGUAUUUCAAAGCUCAGUCAGAAGCCAGAAAACAAAUGACCAAGGAGGAGAAACAGAAAAUAAAAGAAGAGAAUGAGCGGUUAUUAAAAGAAUAUGGUUUUUGCAUCAUGGAUAAUCACAAGGAAAGAAUUGCCAACUUUAAGAUUGAGCCUCCGGGUCUCUUCAGAGGGCGUGGCAACCAUCCCAAAAUGGGCAUGCUGAAGAGACGGAUAAUGCCAGAAGACAUCAUCAUCAAUUGUAGCAAGGAUUCUAAAGUCCCUCCACCUCCCGCUGGACAUAAAUGGAAAGAAGUCCGGUAUGAUAACAAGGUGACCUGGUUGGUGUCGUGGACGGAGAACAUCCAAGGGUCUAUUAAGUACAUCAUGUUGAACCCCAGCUCUAGAAUCAAGGGUGAAAAGGACUGGCAGAAAUAUGAGACGGCUCGGAGAUUGAAGAAAUGUGUAGAUAGGAUUCGAAAUCAAUAUCGAGAAGACUGGAAAUCCAAAGAGAUGAAAGUGCGGCAGAGGGCUGUUGCAUUGUACUUCAUUGACAAACUCGCUCUGAGAGCUGGUAAUGAGAAAGAAGAAGGGGAGACGGCUGACACAGUAGGCUGCUGCUCUCUCCGUGUGGAGCAUAUUAAUUUGCAUCCAGAAUUGGAUGGCCAGGAAUACGUGGUAGAGUUUGACUUCCUUGGAAAAGACUCCAUACGAUACUAUAACAAAGUCCCUGUCGAGAAAAGGGUUUUUAAGAAUCUGCAGCUAUUCAUGGAGAAUAAGCAGCCUGAAGAUGACCUCUUCGACCGGCUCAAUACUAGCAUCUUAAAUAAACAUCUUCAAGAUCUUAUGGAAGGGCUAACGGCCAAGGUAUUCCGAACCUACAAUGCCUCCAUUACGCUACAGCAGCAGCUGAAGGAGCUCACAACCCCGGAUGAUAACGUCCCAGCAAAGAUCCUGUCUUAUAACCGUGCCAAUAGAGCUGUUGCUAUUCUCUGCAAUCACCAGAGGGCGCCUCCAAAGACCUUUGAGAAAUCCAUGAUGAAUUUACAGAGCAAGAUUGAUGCCAAGAAGGAUCAGUUGGCUGAUGCCAAGAGGGAACUGAAAAGCGCCAAAGCUGAUGCCAAGGUCCGGCGGGACGAAAAGUCUAAAAAGACCGUGGAAAGUAAGAAGAAAGCCGUACAAAGGGUUGAGGAGCAGCUAAUGAAGUUGGAAGUCCAGGCUACAGACCGAGAGGAAAACAAGCAAAUUGCCUUGGGAACCUCCAAACUAAAUUAUCUGGAUCCUAGAAUUUCAGUUGCCUGGUGCAAGAAAUUUGGAAUACCUAUAGAGAAGAUAUAUAACAAAACCCAACGGGAGAAAUUUGCCUGGGCAAUUGACAUGGCAGACGAUGACUAUGAAUUUUAACCUGAUUUUAAUGGGCUGGAUUUUAUGGAAGAGAAGGGGAGUAGCCUGGUUUUAGGGAGAUUGAUAAACUGUGAGCCUUACUUGUCCUUUAUAUUGGGGGGGGGAGGGGGCGUCGGGAGGGGAAAGCGAGUAUCUGAUAAAAUACCCAACAUCUUUGAGAAAAGAUAAUGCCUGGAAAUAUUACAGAGGAGCUGAGCCAGUUGUCCUAUGGACAACUUAUUUAAAUCUGUUUCAGAGACCCAAAUUCUAGCUGUAUGGUUUGUGUUUUAUCUCUGGAGGGAGGACAAGUGGAUGGGGGAAUUUGUUAACCUUCUGCCAGGUAAAUUCACCAUUACACUGAAGAGCUUGGAAAUCAUUAGCUACUGUAUACAGAAUCCAAUGAGAUAUUGGUGUGUUUUUACAGUUAGGGUUUUUGCAAUAACUUCUAUAUUUUAAUAGAAAAUGAACUCCUUAAUUUCCUGCCCCCUCCCCCUCUCAUUAAUUUAACACAACUGAAGCCCUCAGCGCACUGGCUCUGGCCACCAUGGUCAUCAUGAAAACACCCAGUUGUUUUCAUUUUUACUUGCCGCCAUCAUGGUAUUGAAAACCUAAAUAAAAACUCAACAUCUCUUCAAAGCAAAGCAUGAUGGGAAGAUCCUUCCUGACUUGAGUGUUUUUUUUUUUUUGUUAAUGUGAAUUUUUACUAUUUUUAAUUAUUUUAAAAUAUUUAAACUUUCUUUCUUCUUGAUCUUAAAGAUCAUGUAGAUUUGCAGAGGGUAGGAAGGAAAGGACUUGGGGAGGGUUAAUGGAUUAUGAGUACAAAUAAAUUGGUGGCAAAAAGUUUUCCCAUCAUACUUUGUUCUGAAUACAUUAUAUAAAAUAUCCACAUUUGUGGGUUUUGUUUUGCUUUCUUUUGGCAGGUUUUUUUUUCUCCACCCUUUUUAAAAAACCCUCCUCCCCGCUUUUACUUGAAAAAUUUUAUUGUGUAAGAAGAACUUUCACAGGUCAAUAAAAUUUUGAGGGAAGUGAGCUUUGGUCCAAAAAAAAAGAAAAAAAAAAAAGGAAAAAUAAUCAAGAUUUUAGGGCUUUUAUUUUUUUUCUUUUGUAAUUGUGUACAAAAAAAUUAAAAAAAUUAAAGCAGAAUUUUAAUGUGAACCCUUUUUUGCUAUAAUCCAUUAGUUAUUGGCAUUGUUAGCUUAGUGUGGUGCAAAGACAAGUUUCCCGCAGUCUUUCCUCAACAAGUAUCUUCUAUUUUUAUCAUGAAUUCCCUUUUAAUCAACUGUAGGUUAUUUAAAAUAAAUUCCUACAACUUAACGCAA